AUGUCAAACAAGGACCCAAGGUCCGGUCGUUACCAUAACUCUGAAGAUGUAAUUAAGGCUGACAAACGUGAUGUUGAAUUAACAUUUCUGAAGAAAGUUAAUAUGAAUCAUCAAAGAUUAAACUCGCCAAGUGGUAGUGAUCAAGGUGGUAAACGGGGUCGUACAUCAAGUGAUGAUGAUUAUGAACGUCAUGUUACUAUAAAUGGUACCCCAAAACGAUCGAGAUCAAUUCAAAGAAAUACACGUACAUUUACCAAUUCUUCACUUAGUGCGACAACUACAUGUAACAAUGAUUCAAAUUCAAAUUCAAGAAUGGACAAUGAAAAUAUCCAAUCUAACAAUAAUAAUAAUGGAAAGAAUGUUAAUGUGAAUAAUGAUUCAUCCAUUUUUAAUUUUUCACGAAAUGCUAUUGAUUAUGCAAUUAAUCAACACCUCCCCCCAAUUAAAAUUAUAUGUGAACCUAAAAUAGGUAAUCAAAAGGAAGGUGGUAUUAUUAUUAAAGGAUUAAUUAAAUCAAUUGAAAAAGAUUUUAAAGGUAUUAAUCCUAGACAUAAUGAUCUAAUUGGAUUUGAUAGUUGGUAUAUUAAUUUUAAUGGUGAUAUUUGCUGUAUUACAAAUGAUAUUGAUUUAUUUGUUUAUCUUUGUGACGAUAAAAAUGUUCCAAAUAAGGUUGAGAAUACAAUUAUUUAUAUUAUUAAACCGAGGAAUUUACCUCCUCAGAGGUCAGUGAUAAUUAAAAAUGUUCCUAACUCAUCAUGUUUGGAGGAUAUGAAAGUGGAAGUUAUGAAUAAAUUUAAAUCAAUUUAUUAUUUUGAUGAAGUAUUAGGAACUAAUAAUGGAAGAACAAGAUUUAUAAGAAUUGACUUAUUGAACCAUUUAGAAUACAAACAGAUUAUGAACGCUGGUAUUAUUUGUAUUGAUGGACAAUGUUUUCACGUACAUGAAUUUCUUGCUGCGCCUCGGGUUAUGUUCUGUUCUAUGUGUAAUUUACCAGGACAUAUAAAAAGGCAUUGUAAAUUUAUUUAUGAAAGAUGUAAACGUUGUGGUGGUAAUCGGAAGGAAGGAGAACACAAAGAAUGUAAAAUUACCUGUCAUAAUUGUCAGGGUGAACAUGUUGCUACAGAUUUUAGAUGCCCUACAGUUCAUUCGUAUCGUAAUGAUCUUAUUCAAUAUCUUCGUCAACAUCCGGAAGCAUUACCAAAUGAUACUCAAAUCUUCAUCCCUUCAAGUUUCCGUCAGGAAGGUGGGAAAGUAUUAGGUAAACGUAUGAUAGAAAAAAAUCAAGUUUUAUAUCAUUACAAACCAACAAAAAGUAAUUCCAAUCCCGCUUGGCCAUCGAUAUCACCAAAAGCAGCUGUUUAUGAACCUAAUAUUAAUUUGAAUUAUCCGAAUGUAAAUAUAAAAGAACAUUUGAAUAUUAAAGAUUAUUUAAAUCGCAUUGAAACACAAUGUAAUGAAGCAAAACAAGAUUAUGAUAGGAAAUUUAAUGAUACCACAACAAAAAUUAAUACGUGUUUAAAUCAGGUUCAAUCUAUAUUGAACUGCUUCUCGUCAACAAUCCAGCGUCAGAAUGAAAUGAUUUAUGUAUUAAAAACUUCACUAAAUGAAUGUCUUGAAAUCAUUAAAAUUACUAAUCAAGGAUUAUGUCUACUAAUGGAAAAAACUGGUGAGCAGCAAUAUGGAGAUAUGAUUAAACAAAUAACUGCUCUACCAUUGGAUGAAAGACAAGCAUCAAUUAAUAAAUUUUUCUCGGCUUAUUCACCAUUAAUUGAUGAAAUUACGAUGAAGAUUAUGGUUGCUACGGAAAAUCUGCACAUCCAUAAUGGAUAA